GCUCCUGUCAGUCGGCCAGCGCUGCAGCGAACCCACCACCGUCAGACGAACGAUCCUUUUUUCCCUCAUCGCAGUUGGCCACUUUUCCCAUCAUGGCGGCGUUUGUAGUACGAAAAGUUGGAUCCGGAUUACUCGCUCCGCGAAAUGGAGCUACCUUGCAGAAGGUACAAAAUUUCUCGACGAGCCGAGCCUGGACGAAGAGUCAAAAGCUCGCGACCGCCGGUGGCCUGGUGAUUGGCGGUGCCGGUGCCCUCCUGUUCGCGCUGGACCAGUCCGUGUCCGCGUCCGGCACCGAGGUCCACCCCACGGAGAUGCCCUGGAGCCACAAGGGCGUGUUCAACUCGCUGGACCACGCGGGAAUCCGGCGCGGUUACGAGGUGUACAAGCAGGUCUGCGCCGCGUGCCACUCGAUGCGCUUCCUGGCGUACCGUAACCUGAUCGGAGUGUCCCACACCGAGGCGGAGGCCAAGGCCGAGGCGGCCGAAAUCAUGGUCAAGGACGGUCCCGAUGAGGCCGGCAACUACUUCAUGCGACCGGGCAAGCUGUCGGAUUACUUCCCGAGCCCGUACCCGAACGAGGAGGCGGCCCGUGCCGCCAACAACGGUGCCUACCCGCCCGAUCUGAGCUACAUCGCGUUGGCUCGCCACGGCGGUGAGGACUAUCUGUUUGCGCUGCUGACCGGGUACGUCGACGCCCCGGCCGGUAUCGUGCUGCGCGAGGGACAGUAUUACAAUCCGUACUUCCCGGGCGGUGCCAUCUCGAUGGCCCAGGCGCUCUACAACGAGGCUGCCGAGUACUCGGACGGAACGCCACCGACGGCGAGCCAGCUGGCCAAGGACGUGUCGACGUUCCUGGUGUGGUCGGCCGAUCCGUGCCACGACGAGCGCAAACGCAUGGGCAUCAAGUCGUUGGGAAUUUUGCUGGUGCUCGGUUCGCUCGCGUACUACAUCAAGCGACACAAGUGGGCCGCCCUCAAGACCCGAAAGAUUUCCUUCUACCCGAAGCAGAAGUAAACUGAGGUUUGCGCUUGUGAAGAAGUGGGGAGAAGGAGACUAUAGUAAUAGAGAGAGAGCGUGUGUGGGUGGGGCGGAGACAACUUUUAAACAUCAUUCUCUUGCAGAGCAGUAACGAAAACAAAAAAGCAAAAAACACGGACGCGGAACCAAAAAGAACGUUCAACCGUAUAAACUAAUUAUUCUUAAUGUAUCCACAAUUCUGCAAUACCCCUUGCAUUAACGUAAAUUAUUGUAAAACAAUUGAGAAUAAAGAGCACACUACCAUCAACCAAAAUCACCGCCAGCAUUCGCAUGCAAAAGGGACACAGCGAGAGAGGGACAGGAGGAACGGAACGGGAAACGACGGCUUAAUGAGAUCAAGAGCGCGAGCAUGAAAAUGCCGAACCAACGACGGCAAGGAACAGUUCUGCAAAAUAAAGCAAAGUGUUGUUAGUAUAAAUUCAACCAA